UUUUUCUCAUUUUCAUUUUUCUUCUCCACCUCUAAAAAUACCUUCUGUCAACAAGCAAGCGUAAGUUAGCAAAAAUCCGAAGGAUAAAAGUCACAUAUCAAAGCUGUUUGGAUCGACUGUGUAGAGAAAGAGAGAUAGAGAAGUGAAGAAAUAUACGUCAGGCAUCAAUGGCGGUCGAAGCUCGUCAAUACAAUUUGUUUCCUCCGCAGAUUCAUCUCAGCAGCAGAGGUUUGGUGAUGAACGGCGUUGAAGGUAACGGAAACGUGUUCGGCGUUCCGAUUGGGUACGGAAUGGUGGCUCCUUUAUCCGGAACAACGACGACUGCGACGGAAACUAUGGUUCCUAUGUACGGUUCGGCAUUCGCCGGCGCUUUUCCAGUGAAAAAUCCGGCGGCGAUGAAAUCGGAAAGCGGGGUAACUUAUAACGUUCCGGUUUCGAGGAAGCGGUCGAGAGAAACGAUUAAUUCUCUCCCCGGCGGUGUUCAGAAUCAGAGUGUUGGUAAUCGGUGCGGUUCGUUUACUUUCCUCGGCGAAGAUAUCUCGUUUCAGAUCCAACAACAGCAGUUUGAAAUCGAUCGGUUCAUCUGUCAACACACUGAAAAGGUCAGAGCGGAAAUCGAAGAGCGGCGGAAGAAACACACGCGGAGAAUCGCGGCGGCGGUGGAAGAAAACGUGAAGAAUAAACUCAGAGCAAAGGAGGAAGAAAUCGAGAAGAUUGGUAAAUUAAAUUGGGCGCUGGAAGAGAGAGUCAAAUCACUGUGCGUCGAGAAUCAAAUAUGGAGAGAUUUGGCUCAAUCGAACGAAGCCACGGCGAACGCCCUCAGAUGCAAUCUCGAGCAAAUCCUCUCCCAAUUCCACGACGACCAGCGGCGGCGAAACAGCCGCGCCGGCGAGGCGGAUUUGGUUUGCGACGCCGCGGCGGAGUCGUUCUGCGGGAGCAACUUCGACGAAAUCGACCGGCGCGGGCUAGCAUUGGCGGAUAGCGCUUCAUCGGACGGCGCAAACAUCGCCGGAGACGGAUGCAUUGCGGCGGCGGCGGGCAGCAGGAUGUGCCGGAGCUGCGGGAAAGAGGAAUCAUGCGUGUUGCUUUUGCCCUGCAGGCAUCUCUGCCUCUGUACUGUUUGCGGGUCCACUCUCCACACUUGCCCCGUUUGCAACUCUAUCAAAACCGCUAGCGUUCACGUUAAUCUCUCCUCCUGAAUUUUAAUUAAUUAGGAUUUUGGAUUAGAUUAAAUUAAAUUAAAUUAGUCUUCUUAAUCAUCAAAUGUGUUAUAACACGAAAGAAAUUCACGCCACAAUUUUCGUUUUUAAUUUAUAUUUGUUGUAUAA